GUCACCCAUAUGUAUGAUUACCAUUUUUUGCUAGCAAUUAAACUCUAUAUAUUAAUGUUUUGAUUAUUGCUAUGCCAUACACACUUCUUUCUUUAUUUCUCUUUGUUGAAAUAGUUAGGCCAUGGCACAACAACAAGAAUCAUUCAAAGUUAUUGAAGUUUGCAAUAUUGAACCAUUUCACGAACCUUCUCAGUCACCAACCUCGCUUCCUUUAACUUUCUUUGAUCUUUUAUGGUUAAGAUUUCCACCAGUUCAACGUCUCUUCUUCUAUGAACUCACCAACUCAACCACUUUUUUCUAUGAUACUCUUCUUCCAAAUCUCAAAAACUCUCUUUCACUCACACUUCAACUUUUUCUCCCUCUUUCUGGCCACAUAGUUUGGCCUAUUGAUUCAUCAAAACCAAUCAUUAACUAUGUUCGCGGUGAUUCGGUUUCCUUUACAGUUGUCGAGUCCAAAGAAAGUUUCGAAGAUCUUUCUUCAAAUCAUUGUGAAGCUUCAAAGAGAUAUCACUUGAUACCUCUUUUGAACAUAUCACAUGAAAAAGCUUCUUUGAUUUCAAUUCAAGUCACUUUGUUUCCGAACAAAGGUUUUUGCAUUGGAAUAACCACACACCAUGCUGCUUUUGAUGGAAAAUCUUCAACCAAUUUUAUGAAAUCAUGGUCUUAUAUUACAUGUUCUAACCCUAACCUUGAGAAUCUAACACCUUGUUUUGAUAGAUCAGUGAUAGAAGAUCAUUAUAAUGGAAUCAGUGAAGCAUAUGCUGAUGCUUUGAUGAAUCAUUAUGGACCAAAUAAUAAAAGUCUCAAGGUUUGGGAAUUUCCUGGUAGUUUGAAAAAUGAUGCAGUUAAAAGUUUAUUUGAAUUGUCACCUUCAAAUAUUCAAAAGCUUAAGAACCAUGCAAAAAGCGAGAUGAAAACAAAUGUUAUAAAUCUGUCAACUUUUUCAGUUACAUGUGCUUUUGUGAUAUCAAGUUUAGCAAAAGCAGAAAAACCAAAGGAUGAAAAAGUGAAUUUCAUAUUUAGUGUGGAUUGUAGAACAAGAUUAGAACCUUCAAUUUCUUCUAUGUAUUUUGGAAAUUGUAUUGCAGGACAAAGGAUUGAGUUUGAGACAAAGAAGUUAAUUGGAAAAGAUGGAUUUUUAAGUGCUUUAGAAGGGAUUAAUGAAGGUUUGAAUAAGGUGAAAACUGGAGUAAUGGAUGGAGCUGAAAAUUGGUUGCAUGAUAUGUUAAUUCCUAAGGAGAGUUUUAAACUCUAUUCUACCGGUGGAUCACCAAGGUUUGAAGUUUAUGAUAUUGAUUUUGGAUUUGGAAAGCCAAAGAAAGUUGACAUGGCUUCAACAGAUAAAACAGGUGCAUUUUCUCUUAGUGAGAGUAAGAAUCAUAAUGGUGGAAUUGAGAUUGGUUUGGCUUUGAACAAGAUUGAGAUGGAUGCUUUUUCAACCCUUUUUGUUCAAGGUCUUGAAUCUAUUUAAUGAUUUAAAUGUUAGUACUAUUUUCUUGUGUUGUUAUGAAUAAAUGAUAACUUGCAAAUUAUUAGGAUAUUUUUUAUCUUACUAAAUUUAAAGAUCAUAGAUAUAAUUAUAAUAGUAUAUGCAUCUAGAGAAUAUGCUAAGCCAAAGAGUACCCUUUGGGAUAUGCAUUGUGUUUGUUGAUUCUAAUUGGUUAGUGUAGUUUAAGUUUGGCUGUUGGUGAUUAAUGUUGUAAAUGUUAGGAUAUUAAGUUUGGUCCUUUUAUUUAAUGUUUUGUUGUCCGUGAUUAGUGUUGUUAAUUUUUAGAGGGGACAACUUCUCUACCCAUUACAAAAAGUUGGGUAUUGUACCUUCCACCAAUCAUAUUACAUCAUUUAGUUUUAUCUUAUUUCAUUAAUUAUUAAAUAGUAUAUUUUUUUGUUGUUUCCAAGACAUUUUACAUUGAAGGUAACUUUACCCAACUUUUUAAGUUGGGUAGAUAAGAAUUCACCAUUUUUAGAUAUUGAGUUUUGGUUAGUGUAGUUUAAAUUUUGUUGUUGGUGAUUAGUGUUGUAGGCUAAAUUUUGUAGUUGGUAAUUAGUUAUGUAAAUUUUGAGAUACCAAAUUUGAUUUUUAACAAUUCUAGAUAUUCAUACACUAUUUUUGACACCUACACCUUAACAUUAUAUAUUAUGCAUACUAAUUUUAUUUUUUAAUAAUUUAUUUUACUUUGAUUUAUGUGCUGUCGCACGCUCGCGAAAAUAGACAGAGUCGCCACCAAUAUAUUUAUCCCAAAGAGGGAAAGGAAUAUCAGAAAACCUAGAAUAAGAAAAGGAUAAGAAAAGGUCUUGCGACCAGAGAUCGGGUAAGAAGUCGGUUACGCGAGGGGAAGGUAUUAGCACCCCUCACGUCUGUGGUACUCCACAGGAUCCACUUAUGUUUGUUCUAUUCUAAGGGUGUAUAAAUCUAAAGCUUAAUUACUAAGGGAAUGCAUG